AUGAACAACAACACAGAAAUGAGUGAAUUCAUCCUCCUGGGAUUAACCAAAACUCCGGAGUUUCACAUUUUUCUCUUUAUGAUGUUCACAUUCAUCUAUAUCACCACUUUGGUUGGGAACCUUGCAAUGAUCCUUCUCAUUUUGCUAGAUGAUCAUCUCCAUACUCCCAUGUACUUCUUCCUCAGUAAUCUGUCCUUGGUAGACUUUGGUUCUUCCUCAACAGUCACGCCAAAGGUCAUCACUGGACUCCUUACAGGAAACAGUGUAAUUUCCUACAAUGCCUGUGCUGUUCAGAUGUUCUUCUUUGUGUUCUUUGCCACAGUUGAUAGCUACAUUUUAGCUUCAAUGGCCUAUGAUCGUUAUGCUGCAGUGUGUAAACCCUUACAUUAUACUACCACUAUGACAAAACGUGUAUGUACUUGCCUAGCUAUUGCCUCCUAUACCUUUGGCAUUUUGAAUGCUUCUAUACAAACCGGAGACACAUUCUCCCUCCAUUUUUGUGUAUACAAUAAAUAG